AUGGUAAGUUCAAAAUCCUCAUAUUCUACCCUAACUUCUAUUAAUCUCGGAAAAGACAUCGAAUCACUCGAAUCAGAUAAUGCAGUAUGUGACCGUCUUUGUGAUGAAAAAGCGACAACUUCGUUGACUUCACCAACAACAGUAAUUGUAUCAGUUGAACCACAACAAUUUUCCGACCCAGAACAUAUAUCACACGACCCCGCUUAUUAUUUUCACGAAAAUUUAACUGAAACAAAUCGAGAAUUGUUGAUUUGUAAAGGACCUGCGUAUUUUCAAAAUAAACAUUAUGACUUUUCCGAGUCAUCUAGAACUUACAAAGAAGCAAAUGGUAAUACAUCAAUAACUAGGUAUUUCAACAAAGCAUUAUUUAUUCGUAAAUUAAAAAACAACGAAAGUGUCGAAAGAAAAUGGUUGUUGUAUUCGCCUUCGAAAAAAUCAGUAUUUUGUUUUUCAUGUUGCUUAUUUAAUUCUUCUGAUAUAAACCUAUGCUCUCCAAGUAGGUGUAAUGAUUGGAAGCACAUUAAUAGUAUAAUUUUAUCACAUGAAAAUAGCUCAGCACAUGGUCAAUCUAUGAUGACAUAUCUGGCACGAAGUAAAGUGGUUAGUAGAGUAGAUACAGAUUUAUUAUCUCAACGUAAUAAAGAAGUGAAUUACAGGAGAAAUGUACUUGAACGGAUUGUAGCUAUUAUCAAAUUUUUGGCGUCGAGAGGACUUCCAUUUCGCGGUGACAAUGAAAUCGUAGGAUCUCCCAAUAAUGGAAAUUAUUUGGGAUGUGUGGAAUUAUUAAGUGAAUUUGAUCCAUUACUUGCGAAUUACUUAAAAAUAUUUAGGAAUCCAGGAAAAGGAAAUAUUUCUUAUUUAUCUGCAAAUACCUGUAACGAGUUUAUUAACGUAAUGGGAAAACAGGUUCUAAAAGAAAUUACUGUCCCCGUUGAAAGAUUUCUGAAAUUUAUACCCAUCAAAGAACAUAAAUCUGAGUAUUUGGCAGAAACAAUAUUUAGUUUUUUACAGAAACAUGAUAUUCCAAUUAAAGAUUGUAGAGACCAAAGCUACGACAAUGCUUCAAAUAUAUCAGGAAAGUAUACAAGUGUACAAGCAAGAAUCAAGGAUAAAUGUGAAUUUUCCACCUUUGUACCAUGUGCUGGACAUUCACUAAACUUGGUAGAACAUUUAGGUUCAAAAAAAGUUAUAAAAAGUCUUUCACAAACGAGAUGGUCUGCGAGAGCUGAUGCAGUAAGCGCCCAGCAUAAAGGCCAUAAACAAAUUAUUGAAGCUUUGAUGUCUACCGCGAAGGAUUCUGAACAGCCACGAGAAACAAGAGACGAAGCAUCAAGUGAUAAAUUUGAUGACUUCGAAUCGUCAGCCAAAGCAAAAAUCCGGGAACUGACUACAAGGAUCUAUCCCAAAGAACAAAAGUUAGAAGCUCAUGCCAGAGUUUUUUUGAUGGCACUAGAUCAUCUGUCCAACUGUAUGGAAAAGAUAAAUUUAAAGUAG